UUUUAUUUUUAAUUCAGAUGAAAAAUACAGUAAGCAAAUCAAAUAUGGUUUUUAACAAAUCAUUUGGCCAACACAUCCUUAUAAAUUAAUAGAUUUUAUAAAUGAUUGUUGAUAAAGCAGCAAUAAGACCAACAGACGUAGUAUUAGAAAUAGGACCAGGAACAGGUAAUUUAACAGAAUUGCUAUUGUAAAGGGCUAAAUAAGUAAUUUGUGUAGAAAUAGAUCCUCGAAUGAUUAUAGAAUUGACUAAAAGAUUUAAAUAUUCCUAAUACUCAGAUAAAUUUAAAUUAAUAUAAGGCGAUUUUCUAACAGCAGAAUUACCAUUUUUUGAUUUAUGUGUUGCUAAUGUUCCUUAUUAAAUAUCAUCACCUUUAGUUUUUAAAUUAUUAGCUUAAAGACCACUAUGGAGAUGUGCAGUCUUAAUGUUUUAAUAAGAAUUUGCAUUUAGAUUAGUUGCAAAACCUGGAAAUGAAUUAUAUUGUAGAUUAUCUGCAAAUGUUUAAAUGUUAUCUAGAGUAGAUCAUUUAAUGAAAGUUGGAAAAAAUAACUUUAAACCUCCUCCUAAAGUAGAAUCAUCAGUUGUAAGAAUAGAACCAAAAAAUCCUAUUCCUAAUAUUAAUUAUAUUGAAUGGGAUGGUUUAUUAAGAAUUUGUUUUAAUAGAAAGAAUAAAUAAUUAUCUGCCAUUUUCAAAAACAAAUCUGUUCUCAAAACUUUAGAACAUAAUUUUAAUGUCAUAGAAUAAGAAGGUAUCAAAAUUAAUGAUCCUGCAAAAAAUGUUAAAUAAUUAGUUUUAACUAUUAUGGAAGAAGAGAAUGUAUAGGGUAAAGGUAAAGGAAGAAAUGAUAAAAAAGAGAAAAAGGAUAAAUAAAAUUAAUAAAAAGAUAAUGAAUCUGAUUCAGAAGAAGAUGAAGAAGAAGAUAAUUAAUAACCUGAGAAAUAAUAAACUACUUAAAAUCCGUUCAGAUAAAAAAUAAAUGAAAUAUUGAAAUCAUCAGACAUGUUUUAAAAAAGACCAGUCAAAAUGGAUAAUGAUGAUUUUCUUUAAUUGCUUUGUGCAAUGAAUGCUCAAGGAAUUCAUUUUAAAUGAUAGAAC